AGCAGUAGCAGCUGUAGCAGCGGUGACUGCUCACUACAGUAGAAAUACUACAGCAGCCUCCGGUUACAAACUUUGGACCAAUCAGAGCAGAGCUCGGCUUUUCAGCAGAACCACCAGAGGAAGAACUUUAUCCUGGAGUCUUUCCACUGUUUCUCUGUCUCUUCCUGAACUGUUAACUGUAUUUGCACACGUACACCUACUGACAAAUGUCAGCUCUCUGUCUGUCUGUGAAGGAAACGUCCUGUCAGUGAUAUGACAAUGUUGGGGAUGUAUGUGCCUGACAGAUUCUCCCUGAAAGCGUCAAAGGUCCAGGAUGGCAUCGGUCUGUUCACGGCGAGACGAGUGAAAAAGGGAGAAAAGUUUGGUCCAUUUGCAGGUGAGAAGAAACUUCCCACUGAGCUCGACAAAAGCUCCGACACAAGGUUGAUGUGGGAGGUUCGAGGCAGUAAAGGAGAUGUUCUGUAUAUCCUGGAUGCUAGUAAUCCACGACAUGCCAACUGGCUGAGGUUCGUCCACCAGGCACCGUCACAGGAGCAGAAGAAUUUAGCAGCCAUUCAGGAUGGAGAAAACAUUUUCUACCUGGCUGUGGAUGACAUUGACACUGACACAGAGCUCCUGAUUGGUUACCUCGACAGUGAUAUGGAAGAAGAGGAGGAGGAGGAAGAGGAGGACGAGACUGACAAAGAGGAAGAAGAAAACAGCAAAGAAAGCAAACAUCUAGUAGAAACGGACCAUGGGAUAAAAAAAGAAGACCACCCCUGUUUGCUAUGUGAGAGCAGUUUUCCCAGCGAGGAGAUUUUGGCUGCUCACCUGCAGACUUUGCACCAGAGACCGAGCACUGAGGAGAAGGAGUUCAAAUGCAGGAACUGCGGCAAAAAGUUUCCCAUCAAACAGGCCCUGCAGCGACAUGUUUUACACUGUUCGGAAUCAUUGGAUCCGUCCGGGGAUUCCAAAGCUCAUCAGUGCUCACUGUGCCACAACACAUUCAGCUCAGAGUUGAGUUUUGAGCAACAUAAAGAAGCCUGUAAAGGAGACGCCAGGUUCAUCUGCAAGGCUGACAGCUGUGGAAAAAGAUUCAAAAGCAAAGACGCUCUAAAGAAGCAUAAAGUAAAUGUCCACACAGGGAGUGCACGGCGGAAACUCACCUGCAGCAUAUGCAACAGGAAGUGCUCUUCGUCACUGAAUUUACAAGAACACAGGAAGGUACAUGAAAUAUUCGACUGCCACGCCUGCGACAAAAAAUUCAUCUCUACCAAUCAGCUGAAGCGCCACAUGAUCACUCACUCAGAGAAACGACCGUAUACUUGUGAGAUCUGCAACCGCUCCUUCAAGCGUUUGGAUCAGGUGACGGCCCAUAAGAUCAUUCAUAGAGAGGACAAACCUUACAAAUGUAAGAUGUGUGGGAAGGAGUUCGCUCACCGCAAUGUCUACAAAAACCACAAGAAGACGCACUCAGAGGAAAGACCCUUUCAGUGCGAGGAGUGUAAAGCCCUGUUCCGCACCCCCUUCUCUCUGCAGCGCCACCUACUCAUCCACAACAACGAGAGGACUUUCAAGUGUGACCAAUGUGACGCCACUUUCAAGAGGAAGGACACGCUAAAUGUCCACAUCCAGGUGGUGCAUGAUGGCCACAAAAAGUACAAGUGCGACCUGUGCGAGAAAGCCUUUGUGACGCCGUCUGUCCUCAAGAGCCACAAAAAGACACACACCGGGGAGAAGGAGAAGAUUUGCCCAUACUGUGGACAAAAGUUUGCCAGCAACGGAACUCUGAGAGUUCAUAUCCGUAGCCAUACAGGAGAGCGUCCGUACCAGUGCCCUUACUGUGACAAAGCCUUCAGCAAGAACGAUGGACUGAAGAUGCACAUCCGCACACACACGCAAGAGAAGCCGUAUAAAUGCAGCGAGUGCAAUAAAGCGUUCAGUCAGAAGCGAGGGUUGGACGAGCACAUGAGGACACACACAGGAGAGAAACCAUUCCAGUGUGACGUGUGUGACCUGUCCUUCAGCCUGAAAAAGAUGCUGAGUCGACACAAACUCACCCACAAUCCCAACCGACCGAUGGCAGAGUGCCAACUGUGCCACAAGAAGUUCACCAGGAACGAUUAUCUCAAGGUGCACAUGGAGAACGUCCACGGCGAGACCGAGAGCUAAGCGUGGCGGCUGAACCUCUGGAAACAUCUUGAGUUUUCAAUCCUGCAGAUUGAUGUGUGAACAGGCACAAAAGAAAGAAGAAAACCUGCCAGACUGACUGUGUUUCACUGAGUUUUGCUUCGGUCGUGACAACAUGAUCAAGUGGCGCAAAACGGGCGUUUCAAGUUUUUUGUUUCACGUCUAUCGCGUUUGGUGUGAACGCAGCAGAAGGAGUUUGAGUGUUUGAAGCCAGCAGUGUCUUUGACCGACCACAGUAGUCCACAUUGAAUUUUUAUCUGACAAACUGUAAACACUUAAAUGUAUAGGGUUCAUCUCAAGACUUCAGGCUGAGACCUACGUUUACAUUCCUCUUAGUUCGUUACAAUAAUGAAGACAAUGUAAUGAAUAACACAAUAUUUUAAAAGUCAUUGGAUCACGUUAUACAUGUAGUGCAGUUGUCUUCACUGACCUUAUAUCUAUCUAUCUCUAUAUAUAUGUACACAUAUAUAGAUAUGUAUGUGUAUAUAUAUCUGUAGAUAUAUAUUUAUAUACAGUAUACUGUAAGUAAACAGUAGCUACCUCCGCUGCAGUUGCAGGAUAAGUCCACGUAGGAACACUGAAAAGAAAGAUUUGCCAGUUUUUAAGUGACAUAAGCCAUUAUUAAGGCUUUAGUUUAUUAUUAUUAUUAUUAUUAUUAUUAUUAUUAUUAGGUUCUUUUUGGUGUUUGUUUCGAGUGAGUGAAAGCAGUAUCAUCAGAGAAUGUUCCUCCUGGUUAACAAUAAGAAAGAAUUAGCAUUUGACAUAAACUUGUUUUAAAACUGUGUCACAUCUUAAAGCGGCUGUUGAAUUUUGUGACUGAAGAUGAGUUGUAUUGUUAAAUAGACCAGUUGUAAUUAUUCAUAACACAGUGUUUAUAAAGGUACAGAAGACCGAGUGUUGUCAAAUGAGCUGGAAAUCUUCUUUUUUUUUUAAAUAAAGAUUUAUUAACUCUUUGAUCGACUUUACAGAUCGAUGUAGUCUGAGGUGUGAGGUUGGUGUGUCCGUCACCAGAACACAAUGACCUCAAACAGGAUGGACAGGAUUCUUUGCAUUAACUGAUUUAAGUAAGAAUUGUGUUAUUAAUAGUACUUUUCUAUUAUCUGUAGUUAUUUUUAUAAUUUUUUGUCAUUGUAAAUGUGUGGAAAUGAGUUUUAAUUUAUAGAAUUUAUUUGCCUGAUCGGCGUUUUUGAACAUUUAUUUACUCCAACACUUGAUUUUCAACCCAUCAAACUUCAGAUUUAUUACGGCCCAUGGUGUGAAGCCCACACAGACAGAAUUGAACUGACCUCCAGUCCAAAGUCAAAAAGUCAAUAUCCAAGCCGACCUCGGUCGGUGUCGAGUUACAAAUGUCGUGAAGGGAUUCUUGGGGGAAUCGUGACACAGAACGUUCAAGAAACUUUCUAACACAGACUGAAAUAUAAUCCAAAGUGGAUUAUACAGUUAUUAAACCUAACUGAUUGAUAUUUUAUUGAAAACAUUCAGAGGUUAGUGAUUGAAGUCAUAAACCUACAGUAAAUACUACUGUAUUUUCUACUGACAUUUUCUACUGUUUUAAAUCUAAGAAUUAAACAAAGAAAUGUAUUUUUUUUUAUUAAAAAUACAACAAUUUUUAAGCUAGGGGACCCAUGAGGGGAUAUAGUCUUUGGCAGUCUGGUAAAUAGACGAGCUAUUCUAACUUCUGAUCCCUGAACUGAGGGGGAAAAAACCAAACCAAAAAAUUACAGAGCUGAACUUGUGCUUUUUAUUCUUUUUCUUUUUAUCCUACUUUCUGAGCAGUGCGGUUUUGAAGGGAGAUGGAAUAAAUAAAUCAAAUUUAACUUGUGACAAAUGUGAAACAGCAGUGAGCAGUGAGUCCUGAGUGAAUUUAGGGAAACCUUACACCACCACCAGGGUCUGUUUCCUGUCAGGGGAGCGUGGAUAUACACACCUUUUAUGUGUUGAUUUUGGCCUGGCUUCAUUGAGCAAUCACUCAGAAACACACACACACACACACACACACACACAGCCAAACACAAU